AGUCCCGGAAUCGGCGUUUUCCGAACCUGCCACAUUGCAUACGGUACGAUACCGAACAACACCUCGUGACCGGUGACCUGCCGCUUUGCCGGGCUCCGUCACGCUACAACAACGCACCACCCUCCCGGUUCCUCCCCAUUGGCAGACCCCCGCUCGUUCUCGUUCUCGUUCUCGUUCUCGCUCCCUUCCCUUCCGCCCGACCCCGCUUGCGCGACGCAACGCGACAAGGCACGGCAGAACACCGCACCGCAUCCCCCGCUGUCCCGCCAUGCCCUCCGCCGGCAACCUGGCCGGCCACCCGGCCCUCGCCAGGGCGGUCUCGGGAGCGAUGGCCGCUGCCGCCUGCGGGAAAGCGUGGGCCCUGUCGUCCGGGGAAAGCGGCGAACGGGCACCGACCGGGCUUUCCCGGCCACCUUUGGCGCCGCGAUGGGUCUCGUCCUGCGAGGCGGAGCCAAAGGCCGACCCGUCCUUUCCGGAUUUCUCCCGGUUCGGGUCCGGGUCCUACUUGCGCCGGUACCUGACCCCGGCCGUCUACGCGUCCCUCCGGGACAAGACCACCCGGCACGGGGUCACCCUGGAGGACCUCAUCCGCUCCGGCGUCUCGCUGCCGUGGGGGGCCAGGCCUCCACGGGGGACCGGGGUCUACGCGGGGGACGAGGAAUCCUACCACGUCUUUGCGGACCUGCUGGUCCCGAUCGUCGAGGACUACCACCGGUACCACUUUGCCGACAAGGAAGCCGGGGUGGGCAUUGGUAGAGGCAGUGGUAGCGGCAGUGCUUCCACCAGCACCCACAGCCGCAAAACCAACAACCACCAAGACGACGACGACGACCGCAGGGUCACCGCCGUGUCCCCGGCCAUGGUCCUGGAGGACGGCCCCAUGUACGGCCGCAACAGCAGGAAGAGCGGCAUGAUGCUCCGCCGCCAAUUCACCAACCUCAACAAGAACGCCGUCCUCAAGCAGGUCCUGGACCCCACCGGGGACUACAUCCUGCAGACCCGCAUGAGGGUGGCGCGGUCCAUCAAGGGCUUUCCCUUUUCCCCGGUGAUUGGCCGGGCACAGAGGCGGGAAGUCGAGGCCCUGUUUCGGGAGAUGGCCGACGAGGACUGGAACAGCGAGUGCGACGACCACCCCGGCGGCGAUGGCCUCGACGAGGACGACGACGACGAGGACUUUGGCUUUGGCUUUGGAACGAUCGUCAACCAGCACGGAGGCCUCCGCAACGGAAAAUACCUCCGCGUCAUGGACAUGACCAACGAGCAGCACGACGACCUCAUCGCCCGCCACGUACUCUUCCACGAUCCGGACGAAUACAACAUCUCGGUGGGGAUCGGCAGGGACUGGCCCGAUGCCCGGGGGAUCUACGUCAACAGCAGCAGCAGCAACCGCAACCACAACGGCAGCGGCAACCACAACACCACCAACCACCACCACGACACCCCCGACCUGAUGAUCUGGCUCAACAAGGAGGACCACCUCCGCGUCAUUGCCACCAGCAACGGGGGGGACCUCCUGGCGGUCUUUGGCCGCCUCUCGGAGGCCCUCACCCAGAUCGAGCAGUCCCUGCACAAGCGGGGGCACGCCUUUGCCCGCCACCCCCGCUACGGCUUUGUCAACACGUCCCCCGAAAACCUCGGGACCGCCCUGCGGGCCAGCGUCUAUAUCAAGCUCUACCGGCUGGGGCAGCAGCCCGGCUUUGCCGACCUCCUGGACCGGCUCCGGCUGGAAACCUCGAGCCGCUUCGAGGCCACCGGCCCGGGCGGCGGCUACACGGGCGUCUUUGAUGUCGCCAACGCCGAGCGGCUGGGCCAGAGCGAGGUCCAGCUCAUCAACACGAUGAUCAACGGCGUGGGCCGCCUGAUCGAGCUCGAGAAACGCCUGGAGCGGGGCGAGGCGGUGGACCUGGAGGAGGUCCGAUAGCGCGGACCGGGGUCGGCUUUCCUCGUUUGGGGAGGGGGAGACCCGGGCGCGGGGCGGGGCGGGGCGGAACCGUGGUUGUAUAGUAGUAGAACAUAGCAUGCCCCAAUAAAGUAGCAGUGCCGUUGUCGCAUCGGAGGUUUGCCGCGGCCCUUGGCUAUUGCCAGAACUUUUUUGGUGCACUUGGCAAUUUCAGAAUGGCACUGCAGUAAUGGUACAGAGUGUUCUGCGUAUGCCUCUGCAGCGAACGGCGUUGUCCAGGGAAUCUCCCACGCCUUGGCGUUUCGUCGUUUUCACCACGGAAGAUUUUGCUGGAUGCAGCGUUCCCCCGUGUCUUCGUUCAGCGUUGGGACCGUCACAACCCCGCUAGGUAGUAGGCCUGCACGGAAUUCCUGCUCGAUCCGGUGGUCGUUGAUGCCUGCCGGCACCAGCUGCUUGUCCCACGGACCAUCCGGGAGCCAAACGGAGGUUUCUCGACAGGAAAGCCUUGUAAUUCGAGCAAAACCGAUUGGUCUGUAUCUCCUCGUAGUGAAUCUAGUACGUGGCACCACAGCAAUCCACGAGGGUGCAUCCAAACUCAUCUCCGCUGGAACAAGAAUUUCAAUGAUCUUCUCGUUCUUCGAAAGCCUCUGACCAUCGGAAUUCCAAUCUGAAGUACUGUACUUCAACUCACUCUAAGACACUUUCUCAGCAUCAAUGCCACCCCGAUCUUAACUAUCGAUUUGAUGCACCUUUCGUUAGUCAAACAAGCUAGUUGUAGUGGUAGAACUCCUAUUUGAUCUGGAUUGCUGCUUUCUUCUUGUUCGGACCACUGUUCCUUUGCUUUUGACGUUCACAGCAAACAGUGACAAGAAUAUUGAUCCGGCAGAUGGAAUAGUGAAACUCCGGGCCGACCAUGAUCACUCACAAUGGACGAAGCAGAAGAAAACCUGCGUUAGCAAAACCCGCUGCCAGAAGGGGAGGAGGAGGAUGCCUGUGAUAGAAUAAAGGAUAGUGAAAGCUGGUAUAGUGAAAGCUCUGGUGCUAGGUUCCCCAUCGCUACUGAUAUUAAAUCUUUUUAAAGAUGGAAAAGAAUACUAUACUGGGGCCACACUAAAUGAUUGACAACAAGAGCUGACGGAAUAUCAUUGAACCAGAGCUCUUGGAUUCGGUUAUGUAAUAUGUAGUGUUGGGUGUUUCUAAACUGUCCCCUGGACGAAAUAUGAAGCACUGAUCUAUAAUUUCCUCUCUGUUCUUCCUUUGGUUGCUGCAAUUCAUCCACCUCCUUUCGAAUCAUUCCUUUCCGUUGCUUCCUAUACGCCAAUUAC